UAGAGUGAUUGAGCUGAACACUCCUCUGGUUCACACACACUUGCUCUCUCGUGCUCUUCCUCACGCCCUCUGUGGUGUGGUGGAGCAGCUAGCCUGUUACCUUGCUCGCUCUCUCAUUACAAGUUUGUAGUAGUGUAGUGAUGUGAAAGACAGAUGGUAAGCUUGGCAGGUAAUUAAGGGUUAAGGACAGUCUGCCUGGUUGCAGGGGAGAGGGGGGCAGUGUUGGUUAUUUUAGUAUUGUACCACGGGAUUGGAGGGCUCAGAGGGACUGGUAUUGUCUGGGUUAUACUGCUUGGCUGGACUGGGGUACUGGUGGGUUACACUGGGACAGAAGAACCAGGCUGGUCUGCUGUACUGGGAGAGAAGUCUGGACUAUAUUAUUGAGAGACUACUACUGCCAGACUGGAUUAGACAAAGACUGGACUUUAUUUUUUUGAGCUGAAGUUUUUCUGGGCUGGACUGUGUGAGAAGUGUCUGGUACUGGACCUGGGAAAGUCAUUCUACAGUACCUGAUGAUCUGAGUCCUGAGGAGAGACAGGAGUUGGAGAGCAUCCGCCGUAGGAAACAAGAACUACUGCAGGACAUACAGAGGCUGAAGGGUGAGAUAGCAGAGGUGACAAAUGAAAUUGACAACCUAGGCAUAACCGACGAAAGGAAAAGCAUGCAGAGAAACAAGCAGGUGUCCAUGGGGUGCAAGAAGUUCAACAUGGACCCAAAGAAGGGGAUCCGGUUUUUGAUUGACAGCGGUCUGCUGAAGAACACCAGUGAUGACAUCGCCCAGUUCCUCUAUAAAGGGGAGGGGCUAAACAAGACCGCCAUCGGAGACUUCCUGGGGGAGAGAGAGGAUUUCAAUCUUGAGGUUCUACAAGCCUUUGUGGAGCUGCAUGAGUUUACUGACCUUAACCUGGUCCAGGCCCUCAGGCAGUUCCUGUGGAGUUUCCGGUUGCCAGGUGAAGCCCAGAAGAUCGAUCGCAUGAUGGAGGCGUUUGCCCAGAGAUACUGUCACUGUAACCCUGGCGUCUUCCAGCACAGCGAUACGUGUUAUGUGUUGUCGUUUGCUGUGAUCAUGCUGAACACCAGUCUCCAUAACCCCAAUGUGAAGGACAAACCCUCCCACCAGAGAUUCACCACCAUGAACAGAGGAAUCAACGAUGGCGGAGACUUACCUGAGGACCUACUCAGGAACCUGUAUGAGAGUAUAAAGAACGAACCCUUUAAGAUCCCAGAGGAUGAUGGGAACGACCUCACACACACUUUCUUCAACCCCGACCGGGAGGGCUGGCUACUCAAACUAGGAGGAGGGCGUGUGAAGACGUGGAAGAGACGAUGGUUCAUCCUCACAGACAACUGCCUGUACUACUUUGAGUACACUACUGAUAAGGAGCCUAGGGGUAUCAUCCCUCUGGAGAAUCUUAGUAUUAGAGAGGUGGACGACUCUAAGAAACCAAACUGUUUUGAGCUGUUCAUCCCGGACCACAGGGAUCAGGUAAUCAAGGCGUGUAAGACCGAGGCGGACGGACGCGUUGUCGAGGGCAAUCACACCUUCUAUCGAAUCUCCGCCCCCACAGCUGAGGAGAAGGAAGAAUGGAUCACCAGCAUCAAAAAAGCCAUCAGCAGGGACCCCUUCUAUGAGAUGGUGGCAGCCCGGAAGAAGAAGGUGUCGGCUCUGACUAGCCCAUAGAAAGGCCCCAGGCUCCAGCACUUCAGCAGGCAGACCUCACUCUACUCUAAGCCCAGUGUCUAUGGACCUGAACUAAAGGAAUUACUAAAGGAACUAUAGAAUUAUGUACAUAAGAAAGCAGAAUGUCCCCACAAUCUGAAAGGUGGAAGCUGUCAUCAUAUUGAUUACAUGUUGCAUUCUUCAGAUACACAAACACUGGAGGGGAAGGAUUUUGAAGGGGCACGGGUUUAGGAUGGAGAUCAGGAUGCAGAGAGGAUUGGACCUCCUUCAGCGCCCUCUACAGGAAGUUACAUCAGGCAAUAUUUUGCUUUGAUAUAAAAUGAACAGAGAAAGGUGCCAUUAACCUCUUUUUACAUAAACCUCUUCUCAUAGUGCUGUCAUUACUACAGAGCAUCAUCUCUUUCUGAAUGGUUCCCAUAACAAACCACCACUGUUUCCUCUCUCGCUCUCUCUUCCUCCCCUUACGGGUUGAGAUGAUACUUUGUUGUUUUGUUAAAUGUUUCUGGGACAUUGGCCUGUGUCAGUGAUCCGGGGGGUGAGAUAUGGGAGCUGGGUCGGCACAAUAGUUUUAAAAAAUACUGUCUCGGCCGAAAGCCUUGUUAUGCCAUCACUGUGUUUAGUUCUGCUCUUAAUUUAGUUUCUUGUUUUGAUACCUCUGUUACUACAACUGCACAGUCAUGUGGAAGGAGGUGGUAUGGAGGGAGGGGAGAAAGAAAUCAAGAAGGGGAGAGGGAAACAAAGGAUCGUAAUAUAUCACUACUCAGGUUGAAAUAUUCUGUCUCUUAUUCUGAUAUUGUGAUGAGUACUUUUGCAGAAGCAGUAAGUUUGCAGGGAAGGAUCAUUUUUAUAAAGACCUUUCACAGUGUUAUUAUACAGUUGUAUGCUGUCUGUUACAAAUGUGUUGUCUUGUAAGAUGCAUUUCUGUCAUCAAUGACCCCUUUGGAGGGCUGUGUUUUUGUUUUUUAUUGGCAGAUAAAUUAAUCAGUAAUUUUUGUUCACAAUGCACUGUUUAUGAAAUGUAAAUCAAGCUUGAAUUAUUUGUUUGUUUAUCAAUAAUACAUAUAAUUUCUUGUAAAGUUGUUUUGUAUCAUAAAGGUUUGUGCCUCUUUAUGCCA